CGCUCACACACUUUACAUCGUCGUCAACGCUUCGAUCCUUACAUCUCUUUUACCAUUGACCUUCCCAUUCACAGAGGAACCUACGCAGCUACUAUUCAUUCAUCCUAUCAUAAAUACAUCGCACAUCUAGUGCCCCAAUGGAAGACCUCUCGACCAUCACUGGGCGAAUCAUUCCGUCCCUCCUUGUUACUCAAUUAAAGGCUCUCAUCAAAACACUGAACGAAACUAUCCGCCCGGCGCCUCAACUCAAACUCAGUGGCAACAAGUCGGAUUUAAUUAAUAGAGUCGUAGGAUUCAUUACUCAAUACCAUCAACUUGGUGACCAAGCUGUAAUUCGACAGAUUCGUCACUGUGUCGCUGCAUUCAACCAGGGGGACGUAUCUAUCACAACGCCGUCCGUUGCAUUGCACCAUCCUCAUAGUAGUAACAAUAUCGGGAGUAGUAGCACCAACGUGUAUAGACUAUCUUCUGGAUCAACAUCGAGUUCAUCAUCAAUGCUCGGUUCAAAGACAGGAGCCGGCUAUCCUCCUAUUCAAUCACAAAAUGGUAACAUGAAUAUGCAGAGGAGCCAACACCAAACACAUCAUUCUGCCACGCAGCAUCAUAUUCAACAUCGCCAAUCACAUCCGCCUGCACAAAUCUUUAAAUCCAGCCCCUUUUACAGAGACAUUCAAACUUUGACCCCACCUCGGCUCUGUAUUGAGGCUAAGGAUCGCACACUUUCAGUCACGCUGUCUUUUACAGUCGCACCUAUGUUAUCCAUUCAGCUUAAAAAGGAUCCGGAAUAUCAACUCAUGGUAUUUUCUGGAUGGGCGGAUGGCCCAAGUUCACCUGUGUUAAUGGAGUUUCCUCAUGUCUGUGAAAUUAAGGUUAACGGCAGAGUCUUGGAAGCAAACCUUCGUGGAAUGAAAAAUAAGCCUGGCACGGUAUCACCAGCCAAUAUCACAAAACUAUGUCGUCUAGAAGCGGCAGACUACAACAAGGUUGAAUUCAUUUAUGCAAACUCCACCAAGAGAUAUUAUGUGUCAACUCAUCUCGUAAAGAAAACAUCUGUUGAAUCGAUCGUGGCGGAAAUUGAGCGCGGAAAGUUUUUGAGUAAAGAGAAAAUGUUGCGAAUGAUUGAAGACAGGAACAAGGAUGACGAUAUCAUGGCAACAUCUAGCACGCUAUCCCUUAAGUGUCCUCUUGGGUUUCAACGAAUCAAGAUUCCAUGUCGUUCCUCAUACUGUCAACAUUUACAGUGUUUUGAUGCCUACACGUUUUUCAAUCUCAAUGAGCAAACACCUACGUGGACAUGUCCAGUAUGCAGCAGAGUCAUGCACUCGUGGGAGGAAAUUGUUGUAGAUGGCUAUUUCAAAAAUAUCCUCAACUCAACGCCGAAAGAUUUAGAAAAUAUCACUGUCCAAGCAGAUGGAUCAUGGGAAAUUCCAUCAGCGCCAUCUCAAACUGAACAAGCUGCCGCACCAUCUCCCAAAAAGAAAACCCCUACAGGGGAUAGCGUGUUCAUUAUUGAUGAGGAUGAUUCGGACGACAAUGAAGACAGUGCAUCAGCUGCCCCACCAGCAAAACCAUCAAAGCCAGCAACUGAGGUCAUAGAUCUGAUCUCCGAUAGCGAAGAAGAUGAGCCAACAGCAAUUGAUACAGAAGGCGACUCUAUUAUGAAGGAUGCGGCAAAUUCCCUACAGAAUAUGGCGGCAGCAGCACAUGUAAUGGUACCGGGGGAACCGCCUUCUGUCAAGACUGAAAUUUUUGACAAGCCCACACCCACCGAAACAGGCGUUACACCAGCACCUCUUGAACUUCACAGUAUAUUAAGUUCUACCAAUGCAUCACGUGCUGCAUCCUCGGAAUCAUCUCCUAUCAUUUCUACUCGAAUGGCUCAAACAGAGCCUCUUCAAUCAGGCCCUAUUACACCGCCGGUAUCUAGGGUAGGACCCGUAUGGGAAUCUGGUGAGGAUGUAUUUAUGAACGCACUAUUGAACCCUAGGCGAAAGCGGCAGUUUGAUGACACUGGAGACAGUGAAAGCCCAAACAGCAUGGCGUAUGAGGCUAGACAAAGGAUAGCAAGACUGGACAUUCACUCAAACGCAAGCUCAGAAAGAGGAUCGUCCUCUACCAUUCCCUCACCAGAUGCGCCUAGACGUUCGACCUCAUCUCCGACCCCCAUUCCAGCAUUUCAUGAUCUUGAUCGGCGAGGGGCUGGCGAGCAUCAAACGGAAAUUGAUGAUGGAAUACUACGAUCACGGCGAGAACAUACUUUGAGCCGGCCUGUUAGUAUGGCCUAUUAUGACGGUGGUAAUCAAUCUUCAUCCGGGCCACCUAUAUCCUCAGCUCAAUCAGUAUUUGCGCCACCUCAUCUCUCACCACACCACCAAGGUAGCCGCAGUGCACGAAGCUCCACUAUGUCUCCUCCACUUCAACACCCGUAUAACAACUCAUCUCCUCAUCAGCACCAUCAUUCAGCUCACAGAUCAACGAACUCACCUGGCCCAGAUUAUUAUCCAGGUAUUUCACGGCCACCAUCCAGCGGAUCCAUGGCCACUUCGACCAACAUAGGGUCGAGGUCUAAUGCAGCUAUCGCGCCUUCGUUUGGUGGCUCGACUGCAGCGUGGCCCUCAGAUUUGUUCAUAAAUGGUAGUCAAGACCGAGCCAAUCGUGGAUGGGCAGCUGAUCAACUGCCUAGUAUCUAUGGAGGUAACGUUCAUUUGAAUCAUGAGAGUAACAGUCCGAGAAGAGUCAGUGCGGAUGAAACACGGGCGAAUUCAAGUUCGAGACACUCUUCGCCUGCGCAGACUGCGUCUUCUACAAAAUAUCCUCACCUCUACAACUCUCAUCCUUACUCGUCACCAUCAAACACCCAACAAACACAGCAGUCAUCUCAUCAUCAACGACACCGAUCAAAUGACGAAAUGGCAGGAUACGGAAGGCGAGAAGAUGGAGUGGACAGUGGGAAAUAUCAGCACCGUUCUAGUUACAGCAUUGAUGAAGGUCAAGACAAUAGAAGGAGUGGAUACGGAGCUGGCCACCACGUGCAAAAUGUAUAUAAUUCAAAUCAAGCUAGUCAGGCCAGUGUAAGUAAUGACAUCAGUCAGCUUAACGGCGGUAGUCAAGGAAUAGGAACUCCAUCAGCGCUGGCAGCUACAAAUGAUCAUCGAUGGAGUGAUAACAUUGUAACACACGUGAAUACAGGUGUUUCCAAGGAUGACGAAGGCCCAAUCUUCUUGCAUGGCCUGCGGGGUGCCCGAGCACGAUAAACUAUAAUUAAAUAUCUCGUAGCU